GAUGACCAUGACAGCGGCUCCAGCUCCACCAGUCGCAGUGUCUCAGACAGCUCCAAAGCGUUGGCCAAGCCCCGGCGCAUCCAACAGGCAGCCCCAACUGACCCAGACCUUCCCCCAGGUUAUGUGCAGAGUCUGAUCAGACGUGUGGUAAACAAUGUGAACAUUGUGGUAAACAACCUGAUCCUGAAAUACGUGGAAGAUGACAUUGUGCUUUCGGUCAACAUCACCUCAGCAGAGUGCUACACUCUGGUCCUGAGAAAAGUUAUAAACUUUGCGGACUGUACCGUGUGUCUGGACAAGCGGAAUGCUAGUGGCAAGAUCGAGUUUUACCAGGAUCCCCUGUUGUACAAAUGCUCCUUCAGAACACGCCUUCAUUUUACCUAUGACAACAUCAACUCUAAGAUCCCAGCUGUCAUCAAAAUCCACACCAUGGUGGAGAGUUUGAAACUGUCCAUUACUGAUCAGCAGUUACCCAUGUUUAUUCGGGUUUUAGAGCUGAUUAUUGCUCUGUACUACGGGGAAAUAGGAGGACACAAGGACGGUGAGGGUGAAGAGGGCGUCGGUCUUGUCAGGGAUGGAGGAGCAAUCUCACCUGGGAUGGAUGUCAACAUGGAAAGACUGGGAUCUGGAGACUACUCCAGCGAGGACUUCUUCAUGCAGACUGGGAGCCCUGAUGAGGCAGACCAAGGCUGGGUGUCCUGGGCUUGGUCCUUUGUGCCAGCCAUCGUAGGCACAGAGGAAGAAGGGGAAGAAGAUCCUUACCAGCAGAGAGAGAGCGGAGGCAUUCCGAACAGCCCCCAGCACCACACAUCCAAAGACCCCAUUGUUUCGAUAGGUUUCUACUGCACCAAGGCCUCUGUCACCUUCAAGCUGACCGAAACACAGUCAGAGAGCAGUUACUACAGUCCUCAGAAAGUAAAAUCCAGAGAAGUCCUAUGCCUAGAGCAAGAAGGAAUCACUAUUGAGGUGCUCAUGAUGGGGGAGCCCUUCUUUGAUUGUCAGAUUGGAUUUGUUGGCUGUCGGGCACUCUGCCUGAAAGGAAUUAUGGGAGUUGGGGAUUUUGAAGAAAAUAUGAAUCGACGUGAAGAGGAUGCUGUGUUUUUUAGCUGUGGAGAAAACCUGAACAGUAAAGGAAUGACUUACCUUACCAACUCUCUUUUCGACUAUCGUAGUCCAGAGAACAAUGGAGUCAGAGCUGAGUUCAUCCUGGAUGCUGCUAAUCAUAAGGAGACCUACACGGAGAUAGCGGGCAUGCAUCGCUUUGGGGCUUUCUACAUGGAUUAUCUUUACACAAUGGAAAACAGCAGCACCAAAGGAUCUCAGGAUUUCUCUGUGCUCAGUAUGGAGGAAGUAGUGCCUGUGGUUCAAGAGACAUCCAUCAAGCGGCUGGUGGUGGGACCUCUAGACAUCAGGCUGCACAGCAGUGCAGUCCACCGCAUCCUCAAGAUGAUUACCUGCGCCAUGGACCACGAAUAUGAACCCUACUGCAAACCACAGCGAGAAAAUUCCGAGGACUGCAGUCGUCCAGCCACCCCAAAGGACAUAUCAUACUUUGAGGAAUUUAUCCCAACCAGACUCACUAGUCUUACUCUGCUAAAAGUCUCAGUCAGUGUCUUUAUGGCAGAGUUCAACCUCCUUCACACACUGUUGCCUGUCAUCUUGGGAUGCAAGGCGGCUCCAGGACAUGUCUCUGCGCCAAUGUUUCAACCGCUGAACCCACUUCCAUGUGUUCAAUUCCACGUAGAAAGGGUAAACGUUGAACACUCUGUUCCAAUGUAUGCUCCGGAGCUGGUCACUACUGUCAGCAGUCUUAGUCAGCCCUCUGACAACCUGCUCCAUCACUGCUACGCACAUCUGUAUCUCAAGGUGUUUGGGUUCCAGGCAGGCUUGACAUACCAGGACAGCACAGGGGGCUUUUUGCCCCUCAUCUCCAUUAUCCCAUCCUUCAGCACUGCUCUGUAUGGAAAGCUGAUUCAGAUGCCUGCAUUC